GUCACACUGUUCAAUCGUCACCUGUCAGCGAGACACUCAACCACGGGUCAUCAAAAAUGGAGUCUCUAGCUCAAGUAUUCGCAUUUGGUGAGUCUUGUUUUGAAACAUGUUCAUGGUUUCAGUGGCGCCAAUGGCGUCUAUCCGAGCCGCCCCCCCCCCCAAUUGUGUAGACGUCCCUGUGUAAUUCAACACAUAAGAAACUGCUUUUUCUUCGUUCUUUCUUUCCUGUUUUAUAGUGGUUCGUAUAAAAAAUCGAAAUACUGUGCAGUAGGAUUUGCUCCAUUUGACAAACAUGUCAUAGCCCAUACCAGGGAUUUCACAUUUCUUAAUCAGUAUGUCUCACUAUUUCUGAGUUUAAAAAAAAAAUAAAUUAGAGGAAAAUAUUUGUUAGGUGCUUUUGUAGAAGUUCUUGCGAAUUGUAGGUUUAUAAAAUGAUUCUAUUUAGAACACUAAACUCGUUCGUGAAACGAGACCUCAGUGCAUUACGCUCUUAAAUGCUAAACCAUAUGAAUGAGUAUUAAUGGAUUUAAAUUAUAUAGGGAAAACAUUUCACUGACAACAAAAGUGGGGUUGGGGGUAGGGGGCAAUCAAAACGGAAAAGCUCCCCCCCCUCCUACCCAGGAAUCACGACCAACGGCAAGGCAGCAGCGAAGCCUUACCCACAGUUAACCAGGUCCCCACCUUUAACCAAAAGUGAAUAUGCAAAAAUGGUGUAGCUGGGGUGGCUCCUUCAAUUUUACGCCAUUUUUCUUCAGGGGGGCAGUAACAUCUUCGUCUCUUUUUUUUUUCCUUCAUCAGCCAUGUUUGUUGUGGUCAUUACGGGUCAGUCCACUCCCACGUCAACAAGUACACCAGAUGAGGUGAGUAGUGGUGGGUAGAAAUGUGUGCAAGGCUUUUCCCGUUGUUGCCAUAUGAUAGUAGGUCUUGUUACUUGUCACACAUAUGUACUGCCAGGCUACCAAAGUGCCUAUUUCACUAUUCUUAUUAUAUCUGCACCAUUAAACGAUUCCAAUCUUAAAGAGGUGUGUAUGGGUGGGUGGGUGGGGGGGGGGGUCAAUUCCUGCAGGAAAGUGAGGCAUCGUCGUUCCUGUUCUCUCCCCCCCCCCCACUCACCAGGCUCGUCAUUACCGUUAACACCCCAGAAGGACGGGGCUGGGGGCUGAGCGAGCCACCUGUCAGGAACAUCAGAGAAGAUCACCACACACCGUGGUUAUUUUAUUAGUACGCAAAACCAGUUUCCUAAUAUUUUUGUGUGCUGCAUGUGUUCUGUUAAUCGUUGCAUACAUGUAAUGCGCAAAGCGCCACUUUAAAGCGAGUAUUCCACUCUGUUUUGCUAAGAAAUAAAGACGCCGCCCUUUUCGGGGGAGGGGGGGGUCGUUGGAAAUAUUAGGUAAGGUUCCACGCGUUUUUUUUAAAAUAUUUUUUUUUAUUUUUGCACUGUAACCCCCCCCCCCACACACACACAUUUUAAAACUUUUUGGGGGAGGGGGGGGGCGUUGGAAAUAUUAGUGUAGGUUCCCCCCUUUUUUUUUAAAAUAUUUUUUUUUUUUUUUGCACUUUCACCCCCCCCCCCCCCACACACACACAUUUUAAACCUUUCAAAACUAUAAGACCGCAUUCAGAAUUCUGUAAAUAAAUGGCAGUCACAUCAUUAACCAACGCCGGAUACAUAAAAAAAUGGCUUUCAUAUAAAUUAUAGCGGCGCUGGAUAAAUAAUAAAAAGGCCGUCACAUAAUUUGACGCUGGAUUGAAGAGAUCCAUGGGGGUUAACUGUUCCGUUCAACAUCGGAUGAUCAGCUUAACAGCUUAACAGCUUAGUUCCUUCAACACAACGAAAUGACGUGUCUUUAACCUGAUUGUUAACUAAUGCAACUCAAAAAAAAUUAAAAAAAAAUAAAUAAAAAUAAUAAAGUCAAUAAAUGGAACAUAAAAUUUUUAGAAAUAUGUUAUUCUUUUUAUACCAGUGGUUCUUGGAGGUCGAACGACCCUUACACAGGGGCUGGCCUAAGGGCCAUCGGAAAACACAUAUUUAUGACGUAGCAACGAAAAUAACUUUAUGGUCGGGGUCACCACAAUGAGAGGAACUGCAUUAAAGGGUCGCAGCAUUAGGGAACUUUAUGGUCGGGGUCACCACAAUGAGAGGAACUGAAUUAAAGGGUCGCAGCAUUAGGGAGGCUCAGAGCCACUGUUUUAUACAAUGACAUUGGCCACAAUAAAAUCACAGAUAUGUUUAUUGAAAGUCAUGUGCUUGGAUUUCACUUGAUAGUUGCGUAAUUGGGUCAUACGGCUCAUGUCAUCUCUUCACGAUUUAUCUGAUUAAAAAAAAAAAAAAAGCUUUAAAGCCAGUAAAUCCAGUUUUAAACAUGACUGAUGAGUGGAACAAUGUGUGGAACAAUGACUGAGGAGUGGAACAAUGUGAGAACAAUGACUGAUGAGUGGAAACUAAGAAGAAAUUAAAGGGAUUUCUCUGUCUGAGCUUAAUAUUUUUUAUGAAUUGUUUUCCAGAACUUUAAUUUUUUUAUCACUAUUUUUUUUUGUUUCAUGUUUUUGUUUUGUUUACUGGUGCCAUCAAGAUGAGAUUUCCCCCAAUUAUUAAAUCUGGAAAUUUAGUAUCAAUCAUAUUAUCUCUUCAAAGUUAAGUAGCUUUUUUUAAAAACAUUGAUGGCUGUUAAGUUAAAAAAAAAAAUUAUAUAAUUGAUAUUUUGUUGAAAGACUGUCAUGUUAAUCUUUCAUGUUAACCUGCCAUGUUAACCCCUGUGCUCGAAAUUAGCAGCGGUCGUUGCAAUAAGACUAUCUUAUUUUUUAUUAUCCUUACAUUCGAGGACUACAAUAAGUCAUUGGGGGUUACAGAUGUAGAUGAUAUAUUUUAAAAUAAAAACAUUGACGCUACAAGUAAAUAUAAGAAAGCAAAGAUUUAAGCAAAAAUGAGAAGCCAGUUUUAGAUGUAAAAUCUUGUCUACACACGGCAGUAACGUUUAACGAACUUUAUUUAACGGAAGCGGAAGCGAUACCGCCAUCUCCAAGAUGUGAUAAACCAAGUAUUCACGUAAUUUGAUGGAUUUAAAAGCCCCCCCCCCCCCACCUUUUGCAGCCUACUAAGUAGCUUUCCUAUGUCUACACACGGCAGUAACGUUUAUCGAUCUUUAUUUAACGGAAGCGGAAGCUAUUCCGCCAUCUCCAAGAUGUGAUAAACCAAGUAUUCACCUAAUUUGAUGGAAUUAAAAGCCCCCCCCCCCCCACCUUUUGCAGCCUACUAAGUAGCUUUCCUUUUAAGGAAUAGAUACAAUCAUUGGUAUCUCAUUUCCAAAACCAAAACAACACAUACGCCAACCUCACGGAGCAGUGGCGUUGCAAGGGUUAAUGCCGUCCACGUCCACAAAAAAAAAAAAGGCUAAAGUAGACCGAAAAUAUCACCGCUUACGUUUAAAAAGUCCCUCCCGGGGGAGCCCACCCCCCUGCGCAUCCACCCCCAGCCACUGAUAUGGAGUCAAUAGAAAAUUGGUAAAAAAAACAACAAAACAAACUAAAGCAAGUGAUGUUUCAAAUGAACAAGUCCUUCCACAGUGUAAACGCCACUGCGCAUGUCCCUUCAAAAAUCGACAGAGCUUUGAGAGAUUUCAACACAAUACACUAAUCACAUCAACCGCCAAAUGUGGAACCUAUAAAUAGAAUGAUCUCAUAUCUUUUAGGAGAAACCGCUGUCGUGCCAAAGGUCAGAGGGCAUCAUGGCCAACUGGCAGGAUGACACCUGCAGGAGUUACUUCAUCUGCGACAACUUUAAUCUGACCGUUGUCACAUGUGAGGAGGAAGAGGUUUUCAGCAUCAUGGAGAACGCAUGCGUCAACAAGUAAGCACUAGCGGUUGUUCACGUUGCCGGAUAAGAACGAAUAAGAGCACAGUCGAACAAGAAACGAAACAGUGUUAAAGUAAUUUUAAAAUAUAGACGUGAUUGGAAAAAAAAAAUAAAAAAUUUCCAGCCUACUGCGUGGCAUCGGUGGAUAUUAUGAUUCCAGGGCCACUUCUAUGUCUUGAGAGUUUAAAAUUAAAAUUAACAAUUGACAUGUUCAAAAAGAAGAUAGCAUAUUUUGGUUUAAUUAUAAUUAAAAAUUAUAAAAAUUAUAAUUAAAAAAUUAUAAUUGUGGUUGCAGGAACGAUUAUAAUGUUCGUGAGGCAUUCUUUAAAAAAAAAAAAUCAAACGAAUUGAAUUAUUUAUAGAUUUCUUUGAGUUGCUUCAUUUAGUUACGCCUGGAUAUGAGAUGCUUUAUUUUGUUCAAUUAAUCAUUUAAAAUUUAAAAAAAAACGAUUUAACUAUACUGGUUACAACUCACGACUAACCACGGUAAAUGUACCCCCCCAAACCCCCCAAACACACUUUUUUCCCCAUUAAUGCACCGCUAAAAAUGUACAAACUGUCUGCUUAUUAUAAAGUUAUUGUCAAACUUAACAAUAACUAUUGGUAAUGGUAAUGUUUAAUAUUAUAUAAAUAAACUUAAAAGCUCCCAAAAAUAAACGUUGAAUUUGGGUAAUAAAAAAAGGGUUAAAUAAUGUUCGUAACGAGAGUCCUAGAGGUCUUCCCAGCAUACCAUUGGUCAGUUUCUAGAAGUCUUCCUAGCAUACCAUUGGUCAAUUCAUAGAAGUCUUUUGCCAGCAUACCAUUGGUCAGUUUCUAGAAGUCUACACAGUACUCCAUUGAUCAAUUCCUAGAAGACUUUUUCCAGCAUACCAUUGGUCAGUUUCUAGAAGUCUACACAGUACUCCAUUGAUCAAUUCCUAGAAGUCUUUUCCCAGCAUACCAUUGAUCAAUUCCCAGAAGACUUCCCAGUACUCCAUUGAUCAAUUCCUAGAUCCAUCAAAACUAAAUAAACAACUCCAACGUUUAAUCCACCCUUGACAGUGUCCAAUGACAAAACCCUUUUUAAACCUAAAGCCCCAAGAUACCCCCCCCCCUUUUUUUUUCCUCCCAACUGAUUCUAAGUCGUCCAGGGAGAAGCAACGCACUCAUUAGAAAGAACGAAUUUUAACACCAAUGGUCAAUAGAGAUAACCCAUGGGUAGCCUCAGCCGUAAUCUGAACUUAAGGAUUUGAGGUAAUGCUCUCCCCUUACCCGGCAGGGGGUGGUUGCGGGGGUGUAUACUUUGUUCGGUUCUCAGGUCGACAUCAUUAGCUCCCGAAGAUCCAAAAAAAAAAAAAAAAAAAAAAAAUUAAAACAUUAAAUCUAAUGAUGGAUAGUGUUAAAAACCAAACAUUUUUUUCUUUCCAUAACUCUCCCUAGGUCAACUGUUGCGUGCGAUGAACAAAACCGAGCAGUGGGUUUGACAGUCGAGGCCUCCGCCAUCUUGAGGGAGACCUCUAACCCCGGCUACGUCUUACCCGACCCCGAACUGGACGACAGGCCCAGGACGAGAGUGGCCGCCAUGCUGCACACACUCCACGCACCCCAGUCCGGGAGAUCCAAGCGUCAGGCUCUACAGACCAUGGGUAUCCCGACACCCGGGGCCGCCAUUGGUAAAUAUCACGUGAUCGUCAAUGUUGUUUAUAAACAAAACAAACUUAAAGGCUUUUCUUGCAGAUCCCAGCUGCCUGCCUUUGACGCUUUUUGGGCGGUUAAAUGUGACUAAGAGACAGUGGCGUAACUAGGGUUGGUGCCACCGGGGCCGAUCAAACUUUUUGACGCCCACUUCCACGAAAUUAACUGCACUUUCCCUAAGAUGCCACCCCACAAUAUAAAGAAAAACGUGCCGCCCGGGCGGACCCCCCCCCNGGUUGGUGCCACCGGGGCCGAUCAAACUUUUUGACGCCCACUUCCACGAAAUUAACUGCACUUUCCCUAAGAAGCCACCCCACAAUAUAAAGAAAAACGUGCCGCCCGGGCGGACCCCCCCCCCCGCGCCCUCCAACGAAACUUUUCAGUGAAUGACUCUAGCGGAACUUCCUAUUGGGUUGUAGACAAUAUACUUUGGCUUUGCUCAUCCUUUCCCAACGUGGAGGCUUGUGCUGUCGCCCAUAGGGAGGAGAUGAGUAUUACCUCCUGCCACUUUGUUGCCAAGAUCAGGGGCGAAACGGCUGUCGAGGAAGAGAUCCUGUAUACAUAGAGUUUAUAGUCAAUUUCUUUGGUGGGAUUCACCCAAUAAAAGCUGCAUAUCUAUGAAUGGCAACUCUAAACAUGAUCCAUCUAGCGUGCAGUGGCCGGACACACCCAAGCCCAUCUAGCGUGCUGUGGCCGGACACACCCAAGCCCAUCUAGCGUGCAGUGCCGGACACACCUAAGCCCAUCUAGCGUGCAGUGCCGGACACACCCAAGCCCAUCUAGCGUGCAGUGCUGGACACACCUAAGCCCAUCUAGCGUGCAGUGCCGGACACACCUAAGCCCAUCUAGCGUGCAGUGCCGGACACACCCAAGCCCAUCUAGCGUGCAGUGCCGGACACACCUAAGCCCAUCUAGCGUGCAGUGCCGGACACACCUAAGCCCAUCUAGCGUGCAGUGGCCGGACACACCCAAGCCCAUCUACCGUGCACUGCCGGACACACCUAAGCCCAUCUAGCGUGCAGUGCCGGACACACCCAAGCCCAUCUAGCGUGCAGUGGCCGGACACAUCCAAGCCCAUUUAGCGUGCAGUGGCGGACACACCCAAGCCCAUCUAGCGUGCAGUGGCCGGACACACCUAAACCCAUCUAGCGUGCAGUGACCGGACACACCCAAGCCCAUCUAGCGUGCAUUGGCCGGACACACCUAAGCCCAUCUAGCGUGAAGUGCCGGAAACACCCAAGCCCAUCUAGCUUGCAGUGGCGGACACACCUAAGCCCGCCUAGCGUGCAGUGCCGGACACACCUAAGCCCAUCUAGCGUGCAGUGGCGGACACACCCAAGCCCAUCUAGCGUGCAGUGGCCGGACACAUCCAAGCCCAUUUAGCGUGCAGUGGCGGACACACCCAAGCCCAUCUAGCGUGCAGUGGCCGGACACACCUAAACCCAUCUAGCGUGCAGUGACCGGACACACCCAAGCCCAUCUAGCGUGCAUUGGCCGGACACACCUAAGCCCAUCUAGCGUGAAGUGCCGGAAACACCCAAGCCCAUCUCGCGUGCAGUGGCGGACACACCUAAGCCCGCCUAGCGUGCAGUGGCGGACACACCCAAGCCCAUCUAGCGUGCAGUGGCGGACACACCCAAGCCCAUCUAGCGUGCAGUGGCCGGAUACACCCAAGCCCAUCUAGCGUGCAGUGCCGGACACACCUAAGCCAAUGCGGCAGUACACGGGGACGAUAGACUUAGAAUAAAAAAUUUUAAGACGAAAAUGACACGAAUAAACAAGAAAUGGAGAGAUUGAACACGACAUAAUUGAAUCAACAUAAAUAAUAUAAAAUCUGCCAAGGAUCCAGGGUUCAAUAAUCUUAGGAGGAUGCCUAGGAUGUAUGCAGCAGCUGCCUGCCUCACCCCCUUUUCUUUUCCCGCACGCACACACACACACACGCACACACAUACACAAACACACACACACAUGUGUUAUCACAUACAUCAAAGCGGAUCCUAACCAAAAAGAAAACUAACACGCUAUGAUCAGACGGGCAGGGUCGUCCUAGCGCACAACUAUUAUAACAGUUGUUGGCGAAAACGAGUGUACAAAGCAUAAAAGCUGUUGUAGAAAAAAAUAUGUGGACAAAUAGAGGACCACGCCACCGGAAAAAGCCGAAACAAUUAGCAGGAUAAAAUGUUUGUUACUUCAGAUCUUUAGAUAGCCGUUUGAGUAUUUUGAAGUAAAGUUCAUCACUUCCUGACGUAUUUUAUUUUAAUGUCAUGAUUAUGUUUCUUUUGAAUUUUUUUUUAUGAACAGCGCGGUGAGUCCAGCCCUAGGCUGGGGUACCGCGCUAUAUAAGACAUCUUAUUAUAAUUAUUAUUAUAUACUUUACGUCACCUUUGUUUUGAUUUAAUUAUUGUUAUUAUUAUUAUUAUUAUUAUUAUUUUUAUUAUUUUUAAAAUUUUCUUUUGUGUUACACCUGUUCACGUGAUAGCUCUCUUCGUAUUUCAGAAACAAUCAACGUCACCCUACCGGAGCGCGUCUGCGAGCGCAUCGACUCCGAGACCGCCGUAAUUGAGGCCCUGAUGAACGCCCUGCUCCUGUCCGAGGCCGGCUGCAAGGACCUGACCUGCGGCCUCCCGCUGUUCCACCUCUACUGCGACGGCGAGGACGACUUCGUGGAGGACGCCCCCAGGAACGCCACGUCCGCAGCAUCCACGAACAUCGACGGCGCCAUCCCCGCUUCCGCCGCCGCCAGCAGCACGAACGUCGGCAACUCCACACUCUACGGGCCCGCCCACGUCUUCGGGGUUUUUGAGACUUCUGCCAACACCGGAAGUGACGGAGUUUCUGCCGCACAGCCCGCACCGAGGGAGGCUGACGGGACUAAUUAGGUCACCCCAUGGAAAACAUUGAUGCUAUUUAUUACAUUAUUAAUUUUUUGAUUUAUCCUGAGUGGAUAUAUUGAUUUCAGCUACAAUUAUAAUGAAUUAUUUUAAGUUACAGGGGCUUCAUCUCACUUUUAAACAGUUUAGACCCAUAAAUAGACGACAUUUAAAUAUAUAUAUAUAUAUAUAUAUAUAUUUAUAUAUACAACUUUAGAUUGACGUUUACAAGCUUGGAAUCCGUAUUUAUUCCUGUUGAAAAUGCCCUAAUAUUGAAAAGCUAAAGAAAUAUCUAUAAAUAACCAGCAAGGCCUCGCGUGACAAAACUAGCUGCGAUUUCGGACGUAGCAUGGGAAGGAACCUUGAACUUGGAAACCCAGCUGCCAUAACUUACACCGCUGUAACCAUCAAAACGCGAGCUUUUUUUUUUUAAAAAAAGUUUCUCUAACAUAAACACCUUCAUUUGACUUACAGAUACUACGUAAAUAGCGUUUAAAAUAAUCAACAGGGAUUUUUUUUUUUGGGUCAUCUCUUGUUAAAGUGUAAAGGAAAAAAGAAAGCUUUGUUCUGUGACUUAUUGUAUGUUCUUAAAAAACCCAAAUUCCAUUGGUGGGUUCAAUGCGUUCAUUACAUGGUUGCUAUGGUAGCGGUGUCACGGGAAGUAAACAUAAAAAUAAAUGGCAAGUAUCGCUAAAAUAAGUUUCUUUAUUUUUUAUUAUUAAAAAAAAUAAAGGAUAUUAGGCGAACGGUCAAUAAAAUAAAGGCUAAAUCUUUUGUGUGUGUGUGUUAGCACUGCUUUUUUUGUUGUUACGUUCCAUGAAUCUGCAAUGUAAAUAGGAAGCAUGGCCUUAUAACGUUUUUAUACAGAGAUUACACGUAGCUGUCAAGUAUUGCCGUGUCCAGCUUGGAUUGUUGUAGUUAAUUUAGUUGUUGUUGUUGCUGAAAUAAAAAAAGUUUAAGUGAAU